AUGUCCAACCCGGCCAGACCCACGCCUGACUCCGACGACGAGGAGGUCGACAAUAACGACCUCAAGCAAGAGCUCGAAGGGCUGAGGACCAAGGAAGCGUCGCCUAGGAGGGGCCAGGACCAUCUCAAGGUCGCCAAGCCGCCCAAGUUUGAUGGCACCAAGAGAGAAGAGCUCCAGGGUUUCCUGACGCAACUCCGGUCCUACUUCAGGUUCAACCCAUUCAACGAAGAGGCCGACAAAGUGCUCUUCGCGGCAACCUAUCUGGAGGGUAGAGCCCUUGAGUGGUCUGAGCUUACUCAGCGGGACUACCUCGAACUCAUUGAGGACGAACGCAAGAAGGAGACCAACAAGAUCUUCGAGGCGUUUGUCGACUUCGAAGACGCCAUCACGCAAGUUUUCGGGAUCUUCGACAAGCGAUCCCAGGCGGAGCGUUCUGAGUCCGAUGGGGACGCUUUGAAGAGGCGUUUCUACGACGGACUCAAGGACGAUGUCAAGGACGAGUUGAUCAAAGAAGAACGCGAUGCGUUGACACUCGACGCCUACAUGGCACGCGCCAUCGCCAUCGACAACCGUCAGUAUGAAAGACGACAGGAGCGCACCGGCAAGAAGGACGCAGUCUAUCCCAAGGCGAACGACAAGAAGAAACGCCAGCCCCAGAGUACGUCACACGGCACUCACUCGGGACCCAUGGACAUCGGUGCUGCCCAGGCACAAUGGGCAGGAAGGAAGGGUGGUGCCAAGGACAAAUCGGGCAUCACUUGCUACAACUGCGACAAGAAGGGUCACGUCAAGCGUAACUGCCACAGCAAGAAGGAGUGGCGACCAGUUCCAGGGAAGGAAGCCGUCACCAUCGACCAGGCCACGGUCGGGAAGAAAGUUCGGAUUCAGGAGGUUGCAGCUGCCAGUUACACGCAGGACGACCUCGAAGUCGACAUCGAGCAAGCCCUCAAACGAGAAGACGAAUUGACGGGCUCAGACUCCGACAACUCCGAGUUGGGAAACGAGUACGCGCUCAUCACCUCGGACGACGAGGGGAAAGUGGCGCCCCCGCGGCACAUUCAACAGGCCGCGCAAGACUGGAGUACCACGUUGACCCAGCAGGCCGACGGAGAAUGGACGACACACACAGGAGAUGGGAAGGUCAGGCCUAGCCUUUUCUUCCUGCAACAACGGAUUCUAGAACAACGACAAAGGAUCGAGGAACUGGUCAGGGAAAAGGAGGAGCUCAAACAAUUGCUCCAAGCACGAAACGACCAGUACGAGCGACUGCGCACGGAACUCGACUCAAUUAAGGAAGGAGUGCGAGAACUCACCAGCACCCACGAGGACAUCGGUAGACACAUCGACGGGAUCGGAAGGGAAACCCAAGCCAUGCGCGAAGCGCAGGAGCGGGCGUGGACCGACCACGCCCCGUGGGACAGGCCCACGGAGCACGCAGAGGAAUGCGGGGACGGGGUUCACUACCCGGAGCAAGAAUACACCUGGGCAGAGGUGCCGGGAACUGCAUUGAAGCAGACUGCGUCAUCCACGCAAACGAAAAACUGGAAAAGCAUGCAGAAGGGAGGGUCCAACUCUACAAGCAGACUCCCAGAAGGGAGACAGAGGAGAUCGGGAAUGGCUGAACCCCAGGGAGGUUCAGUGGCUCCAAGAACACCAAACGAUCGACGCCGCAAGCCAAGGUGCGGACAGGGACGCCUUGAAACAUCACGAGGGCUUGGGAAACGGCUCAGGGCCCUUCGAGGGGCGCGAAGAACUCUAACUCCACGAGAUCAACGGAAACAGGCCGCGCAGCACAGGAAGAACUGGCGCAGAAGGAAGCCUUACAACGACCUCCCAGCAGACGAAUAUGAAGCAGCUGCUGUACGAAGCACCAAGCCAGACAACAGGCUCUGGAUCGCAGCGCGAUGGGGGAAAUUCGAGGCCCUCGCGUUGGUGGAUGGAGGAGCGCAGAUGAAUCUUAUCUCGCCCACAUUCGUGAAUCAAUUCAGAAUCCCAUGGAGGAUCAAAGGAAAAGAAUACAUCGUCAAGGGACCAUUCGACACACAAUGGGCACGACGAGAAACAGAACCACUCGACAUGGAGGUGGCAGGAAAGACCACCCAAGUGGUAUUCGAUAUCGUGGACAUGGGGCCAGAGAAGGACAUAAUCCUCGGACGCCCAUGGCACGAGGACUACGACCCGGACAUCAGUUGGAAGGGAGAUGGCCAUCUGCGACCGCGAGAACCGCGGGAGCAUCCGACAGACUUGAUGAAAGAACGCGCAGAACAGGAGCCACGGAUGAGCAGAGGGUCAGAACGAACCCCCUCUACGGGCCCACCGCAGGAAACAGCCAGUGCAGAAACACGCACUCUGGAAUCCGGAAGAAGCGGCACACGACAACAGAAGCAGACACGGGAGGCACGAACCAUCGCCGUCGUCUCAGUGGACGAGCACGGGAAGCUCAAACACGAAGCAUGGGUCAACCGGAAAGAAGCAGCAGGCAUUGAGCUGCCAGCACAAGAAAUCAAGAUACCCGAGGCAUCAUUCAUCGAGUCAGGAAACAAGUUCGCGUACUAUGAAGGUACGACGAAGAACGCGACAACAGGGAAGAUCCCAGACGAAUUACAAGGGGACACCCAGCGUUCACGGCAAAACAUCUUGCAGGGCUGCCAGAUCACGGACCUUGGGACCACGAGAUCAAACUCAAAGGAAAGGAGCCCCAGUUUGAAGUUCUUUCAAGGUUUGAACAACGAGAGGGUGAAGAACCGAUACCCACUGCCACUGAUCGCGAGGCUUCGAGAUCAGCUGUCAGGGGCACAAUACUACACCCGCCUCGACCUCCCAACUGCCUACGCCCACAUUCGCAUCAAGGAAGGAGACGAAUGGAAGACGGCUUUCCGAACACCCUACGGGCACUAUGAGUACCUCGUCAUGCCAUUCGGAUUGACCAACGCACCGGCAACAUUUCAAGCCGCCAUCGACCACGCAAUUCGACACUGCCUCGAUAAAUUCGCAGUCUGUUACCUGGAUGACAUUCUCAUCUAUUCCAAGACACUCGAAGAACACAAGGAACACGUGCGGCAGGUGCUGGACGCACUGCACGAGCACAAGUUGUCAGUCAACAAGGACAAGAGCGAGUUCCAUGUCAAGAAGACAGUGUUUCUGGAGGUCAGAGGAUUCAUCGGAUUCGCCAAUUUUGUCAGGAUGUUCAUCAAAAACUUUGGCGACAUCGCGAGGCCUCUACACGAGCUCACGAAGAAAGGCACCACAUUCCAGUGGAAGCAGGAGCACGAGCGAGCGUUCCAGCGGAUGCGCAACGCGAUUACCGCUGAUCCAGUACUCAUGCUGCCUGACCCAAGCAAACCUUUUGAAGUCGAAGCUGACGCUUCGGACUUCGCGAUCGGAGGGCAACUUGGCCAGAGAGACAAGGACGGCAAGCUGCACCCAGUUGCGUUCUUCUCCAAGAAACUCGAGGGACCAAGACUCAACGAGAAGUACCCGAUCCACGACAAAGAACUGCUCGCAGUCACUCGAAGCAUCAUUCAGGAAUGGAGGCCAUACCUCGGCGGCACAACACACGAAGUUCAGGUGUACACGGACCACAAGAACCUACGGUACUUCACCACCACGAAGGUGCUGAACGGACGACAAACUCGAUGGGCAGAGUUCCUGUCUGAGUUCAACUUCACAAUCCACUACAAGAAAGGCUCGGAAAACGCACGAGCGGACGCCUUGAGUAGGAGAGCGGAUCACCACGACAACACAUCUGAAGCCUCACCACCAUUGCUACAUCAGCAGACAGACGGAUCGCCACGGCACGCUUCCCAACCGACUGAAGACUACGAGAUCGCAGCGCUUCAGCAGCAGUUGGAAGAUCCCGAAGCCAGGCCUCUGCAACCGUUUGUAGAAUGCUGUGCGGUCUUCAGGGAACGACGAUUGGAACGAGAUUUCCAAGGAAUCAUCGCGGACGAUGAACGCGAUAAAUGGCGAGAAGAGCCAGAAUCCAAGAUCGCAGGACUGCGACUUGAAGGAACGAGACUCUGGUACCACGACAAGGCCUACAUCAGGCCCAGCGACCAAAAGGAGCUCAUUUAA